UCAGCAUUUUCAUUCAACGUUCUCUGGAUCGAGUAGUAGUGAGAUAUCAGCUUCUAGCGAGCUUGGUUUUGCUAGUGCAGAUACCAGUCAUAGAAAUAGCAGCAGUGACUAGUGAGAGAGUCUGCUAUUAUAUACCAUAUGGGGCGUUGGGUGAAGAUUGUGAUGAUGCCCUGUGGAGAGUUCUUGGGGAGAAAAUGGAAUUUACAGGACCUAGUCAUAGCGAGUACCCUUUCGUCUAUGCACCUUCUUUCUUUAUUUGCACCCUGUUAUUUUACUUGGGGUGCAUUUUGGGUCGCCUUUGCACUCCAUAUGUUAACCACUUUAGGAGUCACUCUGUCAUUCCAUAGAAAUCUUUCACACAAGAGUUUCAGGCUUCCGAAAUGGCUCGAAUACUUAUUUGCCUACGUUGCAGUUCUAUCACUUCAGGGUAGCCCAAUAGAAUGGGUGAGCUCACACCGUCACCACCACCAGUUUACUGAUACACCGAAAGAUGUUCAUAGCCCCAUUCAAGGUUUUUGGUUUAGUCACAUUGGAUGGAUUAUCGAUAGUGGUUCUCGGUUUGGAAAGUACGGGGGACUAAAGAACGUUCAAGAUUUGAAAAGGCAGGCCUUCUAUAGGUUUCUUCACCAUACUUAUGUUAUACAUUCAGUUCUUCUACCUGGAAGUUUAUUAUAUGCCUUUGGCGGCCUUCCCUUCCUGGUUUGGGGACUGGGAGUGAGGAUAGUAACUGUUUUGCACGUAACUUUGCUAGUAAAUUCUGCUGGCCACAUGUGGGGGAAACAAGUAUACAACACCGGGGAUUUGUCCAGGAACAAUUGGUGGUUGGCAAUGGUUACACUUGGAGAAGGGUGGCACAACAAUCACCAUGCAUUCGACUACUCAGCACGACAGGGUUUGGAAUGGUGGCAGAUUGACUUAACUUGGUAUGUAAUCAAAGUUUUACAAGCAAUUGGAUGGGCAACAGAUGUGAAAACUCCAACUGAGUCCCAGAAGCAAAGAAAGGUGUUCAAUGGUGAAAUGGUGCCAACAGACGUGAAACCUCAUCCUCCGACUGAGUCCCAGAAGCUUGUGUCGUAAUGUAGCUCCGCCUACAGGUUGCCCAUGUCCCUUGCUCCGCCCACUGUUUGCAAGUGGUUUUUUAGUUUUGUUUUUCGUCCAAGUAGUUUUGUUUCCAAUUGUGGUAAUACAAUAUUAAUAUAUUUCUAUCUGUUCGUAAUUGUAAUCGUUUUCGGGAAAU